AAUGGCUUUCUCCAAAUUCUAUUUUGCCGUACAACAGCGGCUACAUCUGUCCCAGAACCAGAACACUGCCAAUAAGAGUCGACACCACCAUGAUAUCGUCCGACCUCCCGUUACAACCGUUCUGGACGCCAAAAAUAACAAGGGUCUGAAUUUCACCAUUGAAGAGCGGCAGAGCCUGCAGGUGCACGGCCUGUUUCCAGCGGCGUUCCGCACCAUGCAGGAGCAGGUGUUCGCCGUUGCGGCAAACUUCCAUGCGCGUGCCACGAAAAUUGGACGGUACCGCUACCUGAGAUCCCUGCGAAAGCGGCACGAGCGCUUGUACUUCCGCUUCCUGUCAGAGCACCUCGAGGACGUGCUGCCCGUGAUCUACACACCCACCGUGGGCGUGGCCUGCACCAUAUUCGGUAUGAUAUACCGGGGUCCCAUGGGCUUGUAUGUGACCAAGAAUGAUCGCGGCCAUGUGGCCGAGGUGUUGAGAAAUUGGCCAGAGCCCGACAUCAAGGCGGUGUGCGUGACGGAUGGCGAACGCAUCCUGGGCCUGGGAGACCUCGGAGCCAAUGGGAUGGGCAUCACUGUCGGAAAGCUGGAGCUCUACACGGCCCUCAGCUGCGUGCCGCCGCACCACCUGCUGCCCGUCUGCCUGGACGUGGGGACCAACAACGAGGAGCUGCUGGCCGAUCCCAUGUACAUUGGGACGCGAGAUAAGCGGCUGAGGGGCAAGAAGUACGAUGAGCUCGUGGACGAGUUCAUGCAGGCUGUCGUCCAGACCUGGGGUCGCAGAACCCUCAUCCACUUCGAGGACUUUGCCACGCCAAACGCCUUCAAGCUCAUAGAGCGGUACCAGCACAAAUACUGCUGCUUCAACGACGACAUUCAGGGCACGGCUGCUGUGGGACUGGCCGGCCUCCUGGCCGUCGAGCGGGUCACCAAGAAGAAGUUGGACAAACACGUUAUCGUCUUCGCCGGUGCGGGCAGUGCCGCAAUGGGCGUGGCGGGGCUCCUGGUCAAGGAGCUAAAGUCCCGAAAGCUGGACGAGAAGCAAAUCGCAAAGAACAUUUACGUAUUCGAUCAGAAUGGUCUGAUUGUGAAGAGCAGAACGGAUGUGGCGCCGCCCAUUCAACCGUACGUCAAGGACAUGCCCCACAUCAAAGCUUUGGACGAGGUUGUGGAGAAGGUGAAGCCGUCUAUCCUGAUAGGUGCCACCAGCAUGACGGGACUCUUCUCGGAGAAGAUCCUGCGGUGCAUGGCCGCCAAUAACGAGCGCCCCGCCAUCUUUGCCUUCUCCAAUCCCACCAGCAAGGCGGAGUGCACGGCCGAGCAAGCCUACAACUUCACAGAGGGUCGCGCCCUGUUCUCGGCGGGGUCUCCUUUUCCGCCUGUGACGGUCAAUGGUAAACGCUUAACGCCCGGACAGGCCAACAACUGCUUCGCCUUUCCCGGCAUUGGACUGGGGGCGAUGGCCGCCUACGCCAAGACCAUACCCGACGAGAUCUUCCUGGUGGCCGCCCACACUUUGGCGGGCUAUCCCGAGGAGGAGGCGAUGGCGAGCGGCAGGAUCUACCCAAAGGCGACAGAGGCCAAAGAUGUGGCCCUCACCAUUGCCGUGGCCGUGGCCCAAUAUCUGUUUGACAAUGACUUGGCCCAAGUUUAUCCAGUGCCGGAGAAUGUGUGCGAGUUUAUUGUGGCCAAUCUCUACGAGCUCUGCAAUGGAGAUUCGUUGGUGGUGCCGUGGAAGUACCCGGAUCUGCCCACAGUUCCGUUCACCGAAGGCUACAACAUACCACCGAAAGAUAUCAAGAUUUCCUUCUAAUCUCUGUAAUGCUCCAUAUAAGCAGGCGUUUUCUUUUGGAGAUCGAUCACCAUUGGGAAUGGGUUUUUGUAUUCGAUAUUAAAAAUUCUCUGUUGAGAUUCAAAGACA